UGCUCACACGGUCGAGACGGAGAGACUCAAAACGCCGCGUUUCCACUGAAAACACGUCAGAACUGUUAUAACUCAGCAGCAGAACGAAGAGCGCCUCAUGGCUCCUAAGUACGACGGCCUGUCCCACUGCAAGCUGGCCCUGGUGUUCGCGGUUCUGAUGGACCUGCUGGGCGUCACCUUCCUGCUGCUGGGCGUCUUCGCUCCGCUGGAGAUCCAGGGCCAGGACUUCGGAGACCUGCUGGUGUACUCGGGGGCCCUGCUGGUUCUGUUUUCUCUGGCCGGCUGGGUCAUGUGGUACAGCGGCAACAUCGAGGGUCUGACCUCCAGGAAGGAGUUGGGCGGGGCCGUGGGCGGCGCCGUGGACCGACUGGCCCGGUCCCUGAGCCGCAGGAUACGGAUCCCCCGGACCCACAGCAGCCCCACAUAGACCCAGAACCGGCCCACUGGCUCACAGCGCUGGUGCACAGAGAACUGAACCGGGCAGCGUCUGGACUCAUUCUGUCAGAAAACACGUGGUUCACAGGAAAUGUUCUGAAGGGAGGCGGGAAGUCCGUCGCUGCACGAGGACGAAUGUAACGGAGCAAAAAAAUGGAGACGAAAGAGAAGAUCUGCAGCAAAAUCAGGAUUAUUGAACUGUUCAUGUCGUACGAGAUGAGCUGAAAAAUGACAAAAAAUCCACAAACUGUGUCCGAUAUGAGACAAAACCUGACUUGAAAUCUGUCUAAAGUGACUCAAAGCUUGUUCCAUGUGCUCAAAGUGUCUCUAAAGUAAAUUAAAAAUGUGCAAAAUUCCA